AAAGCUUCUUGGCUCGGCCUUGGCCUCUGGCAGCAGAACUUUUCGCGUGCUGGGUGGCCUGAUCUCAUUAGGGAGUUAUUUUAGGUGCAUCCUUGAUUUAUUUCCUGCAGGACCUAAGAGGGUUAGAGUCCUGAGGUUUGCUCUCUACCUGCAGAGUCACUGGAUGUCGGCCGGCUCCACCUUCCUGCCACGGAACCCGUGGAUUUCUAACCUUUUUUUGACUCUUUUUGUUGUGUUUCUUCAGACCCCUUAAUCAAGCUCUUAUUCAUGUUCUUUAAACAUCCGUCCACUGUGGAUCAAAGGAGGCCUGCGUUUCUUGUCGGAGGUCAUUGUCUGGUUCUCUCUCUCUGUCCCAAACCCUCUCCUUCAGAGUGAGAGUCCCUCAUUCUUUCCUUCUCUUUUUUUGGGGUUUUCUCGGUGCACCCGUCGGACCAGACAAAUGGGGAACCACGGCUCGAACCUGGACGACAUCCUGGCGGAGGAUAUGCACCACUGGUACAACAAGUUCAUGCGGGAGUCUCCGUCGGGCCUCAUCACGCUGUUCGAGCUGAAGGCCAUCCUGGGUCUGAAGGGCAUGACGGAGAACGCCAACAGCUACGUGGACCAGGUCUUCCUCACCUUCGACAUGGACGGGGACGGUUACAUCGACUUCGUGGAAUACAUCGCAGCCGUCAGUCUGAUGCUGAAAGGAGAAAUCAACCAGAAACUCAAGUGGUACUUCAAACUGUUCGACCAGGACGGCAACGGAAAGAUCGACAAGGAGGAGCUGGAGACCAUCUUCUCGGCCAUCCAGGACAUUACACGGAACAGAGAAACCGACCCAGAGGACAUCGUUUCGGUCAUAUUUGAAAAGAUCGAUGUGAAGGGAGAAGGUGAGCUGACCCUGGAGGAGUUCAUCGAGGGAGCCAGAGACCAUGAGGACAUCAUGGACAUGCUGAAGAACCUGAUGGACCUGACGCCGGUGUUAGUCAUCAUCGUGGAGGGCCGGACGGGGUGAGGUGACUGGAGCAGAAAUCCUCCAAAUCCACCCCCAUCCAAAGAAGUUAAAAAAACAACUUACCCCUCACUCCCCUUCAAAAUAAGAGAAAAGACUUGUUCACUCCCCGAUGCUUCGUGGUCAGAGUGAGGUGGCGGGAAAACAGCGGACGCUGAAAAAAGUUAAACUUUGCGAUAUACUGCGAUUGGCUGUUCCGGCUACUCGUUGAAAACCAAAUUCAUUUUGGACGAAGAUAUUCUUUUGAAGAAGACUUUGAUGAUUCUGUUUUCCAGCAGCCACCUCGAUCCUUCAAAAAAAAGAUCCACCGCCACGAAUCUGUCCUUCAGAUUUUUAACAAUAGUGAUGAUUCCAGUUUCCAAAGAUACCAAAGUGAUGUCCAGGGCCGCGUGUCGAGCAUCGAUACCUCUUUAGCACCAAAGUGUUUCCACAACACAAAGGAAGGAAAGUUGUCCUUGAAUGCUUUCUUUACUUCUUCUUUGAUCAGAUACAACCUGAUUUCAUACAAAGCGUUGCCAAUGUAAGACUGCAUCUCAUUAAGAAAAGGUUUGUGUACAGGUUGUUUUUAUAAAUGGUGGCUGCCGGCGCUGGUUUUGAUCUUGAUCUCUACUCUGAGAGAGGAGCUUAAAAAAAACACUUUCUGAGAACUACAAUUGUUCUUGCGGACACAUUAAAAAUGGAUGUUCUUAGAACAGAGGACUCAGAAGUAUGACAGAGUUCCUCUGGUCCAAAAACACCUUAUUUUACAUUCAUAAAGAGUUUAGUUCUUUGCUUUAAACAUCCGUUUAGUCAAUCGACAUCUGAUUUUCCCGAUAUUUUGCCGCGUUGUGUUGAGCAUCGAUGAGAGGCCGGUUUGUGUCUCCUGAGAGCAGAGCAUGCUGGGAGUCUCGUCUUUUUCUCAGAAGCUGCUGAUCCUCUUAAUGCCGUUAAAAGGUUCAGCGUGCUGAGCCGUGAUGGAGCAGAUUUACAGACAGAGGUUUAUUCCUUCAGGACACGCAACCAGAAAACAUGUCGACUCACAGCUUGAAGAGCUUUCUCAGAGUGGAGCUUCACUUCCAUGAACUACUACUACUGCAAAAAGGACAGCAAGUCUACCUUCUAUUACAGGCCAGUCCAGAGAGCCAGCAAGGCUAAACCGGGCCAAACCGAGCCAAACGUGAUUAAAAUCUAAAUAAAGAGAGGUCAACUUGUUUUGACGAGAUCUGAAACAAGACAAAUAAAUGAACAAAUAAGAUUGGUAACAUGUUUACAGCACUACAUUUAACUGAUUGUCAACUCUUUAGAGAACGGAUUCAUCGGUUUGAGUAUUUUUCAAAGGAAAAACAUUCAGCUUGUUAAAUAUGAAUAUGUUUUUAUUCCUCUGUGACAGUAAACUGAAUAUCUUUGUGGACAAAUCAAGACAUUUCAGGACGGCGUUGACAUUUUAUAGACCAAACAUCUAAUUGAUUAAAUCAAGAGAUAAAGAGAUAACUCUAAACUAAUCGUUGGUUGCAGCACUUUAGUUUCCUUUCAGAUGACAGGUUUUCAUCUCAUUCAUGUCCGGUGAAAGCCUCGUAUCUCCAGAUGUGAUGUUGAAUGUUUGUGAUGAACUGAAGGAUGGAGUGAUGAUAAAAUGCUCGUUCUUCUUCAGCUACAUAAACUCUUUAAAAAGCCCCUCGGAUCAGCUGGAAAACGCAUCGUCACAAAGCUGAAAUCACUUUGUUCUUCUUAGAGAUACGAGGUUCUCACAGGACAGAAGUACUUUAAGUACAUUUAGAUUGUAACAAUUACUUUUACUUCAGGUUUUAAAUGCAGACUUUUGUGUAAAAACUGGAGUCAGGUCUCUGAAAACGUUUUAAACUGCUUCAAUGUUUGAAUGGACGAACAUAACGAUUGUUAUUUCACAGCAUUAGUUAGUUUAGUGCGACUGGUCUCUUAUUUUGACGUGAAAAAGGGAUCCGCUGAAUGAUUUUUAUUUUUAUACGAUGACGAGUGAGACGAGAUCAAGAGGAGGAGAAUGAUGAUGAAGAUGAAACUGAAGACUCAGAUCUGGUGGUUUAGAGUUGAGGACCAGCGGAGGCCAUUCUGCCCAUUAAGCUGCUAACUGGUAGUUCUGCAGGUUAGCAUCGGCGCUAACAGCUGUUAUUGUGCAGUAGAGAGAUUUCUACAGUCAAAGUGUGUAAAACUCUGUAAGUUGCUUUCAACCGAUCAUGUUGUGUGUUGCCUUAUCAAUAAAGUUUUUAAACAAAAUGAGUCAUUUUAUUUAAUAAACUGACGACUAACCACGCG